UUGGAGACGGACAACGGCAGACAGUGCGCGAGUUUUGCUCUCGUAUCUUUUAAUGGCGGUAUUUUGAGUGGAAAUCGGACGCUCUCUCUUUUAAUUUUUGCUUAUUGCUGGACUGUUCAGUGAUUGUCGCUGUCGUCUCUUCUGUGUAGCGGAAAUAAAAAGGUUUUUCUUGUGGAAGUCGGUGCCCGAAAAAGUUCAUUUUACUAGUUUUCAUUAGUGCAAAACUUUCCUAACCAAUCGGUGGAAGAAUUUUAGUGCUGGCAAUUAAUCUGCAAGCUGCAAAACCAAGUGUAAUUGCAAGAAGGGUUUUCCAGGAUAGCUCUGAAAUAGAAUUUACCGAGUUCUUUUCCGAUCUUGCCAGAGACUCUUGAAAAACAGUAUGAGUGAUAUAAGGGCAGCUUUUGCUGCUCAACAGAAUGGCGCCGGGAAAGCCCCCGUCACUCAGAGCCCCAAAAUUGGAGGAAAAUCCAUCGAGAAGAUCUACCAGAAGAAAUCGCAACUGGAGCAUAUUCUGCUACGUCCGGACACUUACAUUGGUUCAGUGGAGCAGUUGAAGGAAACAAUGUGGGUGUAUGAUACAGAGGCGAAUAAGAUGGUCCAACGAGAAAUCACUUUCGUCCCGGGUCUGUACAAGAUUUUUGACGAAAUCCUGGUUAAUGCGGCAGACAACAAGCAACGGGAUGCGAAAAUGAGUGCGAUCAAGAUUGAAAUCAACCAAGAGACCAACACAAUCUCGAUCUGGAACAAUGGUCAGGGUAUUCCAGUGGUGAUGCACAAGGAGGAAAAGAUGUAUGUACCGACCAUGAUAUUUGGACAUCUUCUGACUUCCUCUAAUUACAACGAUGAAGAGGAAAAAGUUACCGGUGGUAGAAACGGCUACGGAGCUAAAUUGUGUAACAUCUUCAGUACUAAGUUCACGGUAGAAACUGCCACCCGGCAGUACAAAAAAUGCUUUAAGCAAACCUGGGGAGACAACAUGAGCAAGGCUACCGAGCCAAAGAUAAAGGACGAUUAUACUGGAGAUGAUUACACCAAGAUUACGUUUAGUCCGGAUUUGAAGAAGUUCAAAAUGGAGAAACUAGAUGAUGAUAUUGUUGGGUUGCUCUCACGUCGUGCAUUUGAUGUGGCAGCAUCAACGCGUGGUGUCAGUGUUUUCUUAAACGGAAAGAAACUUCCGGUGAAGUCCUUCAAGGACUAUAUCGAUUUGUACCUCAAGGAUCAACAGGAUGAUAUCGGUGGAUCAGUGAAGGUUUGCUACGAAAAUGUGAAUGAACGUUGGGAAGUUGCAGUUACUCUAUCCGAUAGAGGUUUCCAGCAGGUUUCGUUCGUGAAUUCGAUCGCUACAACUAAGGGUGGUCGCCACGUGGAUUAUGUCACUGAUAUGAUUGUCAAGCAGCUGAUUGAGGUGCUGAAGAAAAAGAAUAAGGGAGGUGUUAGCAUCAAACCUUUCCAAGUAAAGAACCAUAUGUGGGUUUUCAUUAAUUGUUUGAUUGUCAACCCGACGUUUGAUUCGCAAACAAAGGAAAACAUGACCUUGCAAAGUAAGAGUUUCGGAUCCAAGUGCGUUCUGCCGGAAAAGUUUAUCAAUUCAAUUGCAAAGAGUGGAAUCGUUGAAUCCGUCCUGCAAUGGGCAAAGUUCAAGGCACAAACGGAAUUGAGCAAAACUUCUGGUUCGAAGAAAUCCAAAAUUAAGGGUGUUCCUAAGCUCGAAGAUGCUAACGACGCUGGUACGAAAAAUUCACUUAAUUGUACACUUAUCCUCACUGAGGGAGAUUCAGCCAAAACAUUGGCGGUUUCGGGUUUGGGAGUAGUCGGUCGUGACACCUAUGGGGUAUUUCCGCUUCGUGGUAAACUGCUGAACGUACGUGAAGCGACCCAUAAACAAAUUUUAGAGAAUGCUGAAAUUAACAAUCUCAUCAAGAUUAUUGGCUUGCAGUACAAGAAAAAGUAUCUUACGAUUGACGAUUUGAAGACCCUGCGUUACGGCAAGGUUAUGAUUAUGACCGAUCAAGAUCAGGACGGGUCCCACAUUAAGGGUCUUUUAAUCAAUUUUAUCCAUACUAAUUGGCCGGAGUUGUUGAGACUACCCUUCCUUGAGGAGUUCAUUACGCCGAUUGUAAAAGCCACGAAGAAAAAUGGGGAAGAAUUGUCAUUCUUCUCGUUACCGGAAUUUGAAGAAUGGAAAUCUGAAACGGCCAAUGCUCAUACUUAUAAUAUCAAAUACUAUAAGGGUUUGGGUACGUCAACUUCUAAGGAGGCGAAAGAAUAUUUUCAAAAUAUGGAACGCCAUCGGAUUCUGUUCAAGUAUGAUAACAGCACAGAUGACGAUGCAAUUACAAUGGCAUUCGCUAAAAAGUGCAUUGACCAGCGUAAGGAAUGGCUUACAGGCCAUAUGGAGGAGAAUCGUCACCGUAAGCAAGUUGGUCUCCCAGAACGCUAUCUGUACACUAAAACUACACGAGCUAUCAGUUACAAGGAGUUCAUCAACCUGGAGUUGGUACUAUUCUCCAAUUCGGAUAACGUUCGAUCAAUUCCGUGCAUGGUGGAUGGAUUGAAGCCCGGUCAGCGUAAAGUUAUGUUCACCUGCUUCAAACGUAACGACAAACGUGAGGUCAAGGUUGCGCAGUUAGCUGGAUCUGUUGCAGAACAAUCCGCUUACCAUCAUGGUGAACAGUCGCUGUGUGGAACGAUUGUAAAUUUGGCACAAAACUUCGUCGGCAGCAACAAUAUCAAUCUCCUAUACCCAGGCGGUCAAUUUGGUACUCGUCUGUGUGGUGGCAAGGACAGUGCUAGUCCACGUUACAUUUUCACAAUGAUGUCUCCAUUAACACGACUUAUUUUCCAUCCGCUGGACGAUCCAUUGCUUGAGGCGCAGUACGAAGAUAAUCAGAAAAUUGAACCUACCUGGUAUCUACCGAUUAUUCCUAUGGUGUUAGUCAAUGGAAGUGAAGGUAUUGGUACUGGUUGGUCAACCAAAAUUCCUAACCACAAUCCGCGCGACUUGAUCGCCAAUGUGCGUCGUGUGCUCAACGGAGAUGAGCCAAAAAUUGUACACCCAUGGUACAAAAACUUCCGUGGAACCAUCGAGGCUGUCGGUCAUCAGCGGUAUCUUACUGUUGGUAACGUGGCUCUGCUAGACAAUCAAAAGAUUGAAAUAUCUGAAUUGCCCAUCGGUACCUGGACCCAGACGUACAAAGAAAAUAUACUGGAACCUCUACUGCACGGUUCAGACAAGCAGAAGGCAGUUAUCACUGACUACAAGGAAUACAACACGGAUACAACAGUUCGGUUUGUGAUUUCUUUCUUGCCAGGAGAAUACGACAAGCUGUACGCGGAGGAAGGUGGGUUCCAUAGAGUUUUCAAACUGACCUCUUCCAUUGCAACAUCCAGUAUGCACGCAUUUGAUGAUAAAAACUACUUGAAACGGUAUGAACAUGCCAACGAUAUUUUCAACGAAUAUUAUAAACUUCGACUUGAAUACUACGGUAAGCGUAAGGCGUAUCUGGAAGGAAUGUUGCAAGCCGAAGCUGACCGAUUAACGGACCAGGCUCGUUUCAUUGUGGAGAAAUGUGACCGAACAUUAGUUGUCGAAAAUAAGAAACGUAAGGUGAUGAUAGAUGAACUGAUCAAGCGCGGUUAUAGACCAGAUCCCGUCAAAGAAUGGAAGCGCAAUGUCGCAAAAGAGGAGGAAGAAGAAGUAGAGGAGCCUGAACAAGAAGAAGAAGAGGUCGUGAAACCCGGAAAGCCUAAGAAGCUCGUUGAUCCGGAAAAAGCCUUCCAGAAGCUAACAGAUGUGAAGAAGUUCGACUAUCUACUUGGAAUGUCUAUGUGGAUGUUGACCGACGAAAGAAAGAACGAACUACUGAAGCAGCGAGACCACAAACUGUCCGAGUUAGCUGCGCUGAAAAACAAAACUAAGGAGAUUUUAUGGCUGGAUGAUUUGGACGCACUUUCAAAGAAGCUGGACGAGGUGGAAGAAAAGGAAAGGUUAGAUGCUAUCAACACGGAGAAGAAAUUGAAGAGUGGCGGAACGGCUAAAGCAGGUGGUCGCGGCGGAGUUAAGUCUUUCGGAAAGAAAUCGGCAAUCGAUGACACGAAACCUAGUGAAAUUGGCGAGGAAAUCAAGUUCAAACUUACGGAUGACCUUAUCAAGAAAUACGAAAAAGCCGCUGCUCUUAGUACCGGAGCGACAAGAGUGAAAAAAGAGAAAAAAGAACCGGGCGAGGGUGGAGUUGAAGAUGAGUUUGAUGCGCUAGUUGAGGGCAAAAAACCAAAAGUAAAGAGAGAACCAAAAGCACCCAAAGAACCAAAGGUUAAAAAAGAAAAGAAAGAAAAAGAUGGAUUGAAACAAGCGAAACUAAACUUCGCUGGAAAGGGAGCCGGUAGAGGAAGAAAGAAGAAGGUCGCAGAUUCUGAUGAAGAAGAUAUAGAUCUUUCUGACGUCAGUGACGACUUUGGAGCAUCGGUGAACGUUCCAACUCGUGAAAAAACUGAAAGGCGAGCAGCUUCAAAGAAAAUAAACUACUCGUUCAAUGAUGAAGACGAGGAUGACAACUUUGAUAAGUCGGACGACGAAAUGUUCGAUAACAAUCCAGAAAAACGACACGGUGAUGACGGUCCGGCCACUACUGGUACAUUAGAAGAUGAAAGUUUCUUCGAGGCGGACCAAGAGGUAGUUGAUUUGGACAGCGAAGAUUCCCCGGUGAAAGCCAAAAAGCCUGCCGCCAAGCGAAAAUUGGGUCCCAAGAGUGACACUGCUAAAGCGCCAGCUACUAAACGUGGUCGUAAAAAAGACAGCACAGGUAGCAGCGACGAAGAUAAGCCCAAAAAGAAACCUAAAAAGAAGGCUCCCGUUGAAUCAGAUGAAAGUGAACCCAACUACGAUGAUUCCGAUUCCGAUUUUGCGUAAGCCCAGUUAUGUAUAAGCACAUAUUUGUAAAUCAUUUUCUAAGCAUCCGAAAGGUAAAUAGCUUCCCGCAUCCUUCGGGUCAGCGCGAACGUAGUCUUUGUGUGGCAACCAUUUAGAUAACUAAGCUAAUUUGAUCUGUCCUAUUUGUUUCCGAACGUGAACAACAACUAAAAUGUAUUGGAAUGUGAAGCCGAAAUGAUCUGCUUCAAUAUCGGAAACACAGAUAAUGAAGGAUCUGAUGUUAUCGUUUAACAUUAUUGAUUAUUCUACCCUUCAACAGGAACAAAUCACUUUUUAUGACAGUAGAAAUGUAACUUAUUACUAUGAACGACUAGAAUGUAGAUGUAUUCACCCACGCAUUAAAGUAAGUAAUUUAUACAUUCACCUGUACAACUUGUUUUUUACAAUUUGAAACAUAAUACUAUCUACUGUGUGAAGAGUAAAAAAUAUGUGGCUCAUAUUUGUGUGAAUGUUUGCGUGAGCGUAAUAUUUUGACAAAAAUAAUCUGUACAAGCAUUUAAUGUUGUAUGAAAAAUAACAAACAUUGGUUUUAGAAUUGAUGAACACAAAUUAAACUAUUAUGCAUACUGUUAAAUUUAAUACAGUUAUAUCAUUUCUGGUAAAUUGCCCCGAUGAAGUAAUACGCGCCUGAAGUUGUGAUGUUUGAUGAGCAAAAAAAAGGAACGAGUGUGAAAACUAUCGUAUUUCUGCUGUACCGUUUUAUUUUACCUUUAAAGGGAAUUGUUUUAAGCCUUUUUCGUAACAAGAAUUGUAGAUAACAAUGUA